ACCAAACUCGCGGCAACGCGCGUGCUUCUUGCCACGCGCAAACAGCGCAAUGGGCUGGUCCAAGUCCGCGAAGGACGCCCCUGAGAGCUAUAAGCCCUACUACCUGAAGUAUGAGGAGCUCAAGGAGAUGGUGGUGGAGUUCUCCCGUGAGGGGCCCUCACUUCGUAGCCGCCUCCAGUCUGCAGACAUCAUGGAGAUGGCCAACCAGCCCAUCGGGCGCUUUCAGGACAUGCUGCGGGCAGAGCUGCAGAAGGUGAACCAGUUCGCCUGCGUGAAGCACGAGGACGUCUUCCUGGGGCUCCGGCGCCUGUGCGAGCAGUGCCGCAAGAAGCUCACGCCAGAGGAAGUGGCGCCCAUGGCGCAGAAGAUUCGCAACAUGGGGGAGGAGAUUGGGCACUUGGACGCGUACGUGCGCCUGAACUACAUGGGCUUUCAGAUGCUCACCGAGAAGUUCGAUCUUUGCCUCGGCACCUGCGGGAGCGCGUUGUUUGUUUCUGGACUCCACUGCGAGCCAUUUUGCAACAUCCGCUUCGACGAUAUCCUGAUCCUCCUCGGCCUCGCCUGGGCGCGCUGGCGCGCUGCCCAGUCCACAGCAGAGCAGGCGAAGGAUGCCACCUGGAAGCCGCCUGAGAGCUUCAUCCGGAACACGUCGAAGUACUGGGUCCAGCCGGACAAGGUGGUAAUGCUGAAGACCCGCAUCGUGGAGCACCUCCCGUACCUGAUCUUCGGGGCGUCGCAGUCAGAGCAGGAGAAACUUCUGGAGCCUUUUGCCCUCCUGGACUUGGAGUACAGCGGCAUGGACAGCCAGGCCAUGAGCGCAUACUCGGGCACCAUGGAGGAGUCGCAGCUGCUGAGCUCCGUGUACUUCGACAGCCCUGAUGCGAAGUGCUACCGGGAGAGGAUCAGAAGAGAGGAAGGCGCUCGGUUGGUGAGGUUCCGCUGGUAUGGCGAGAACAACCAGGAGGACGACAAGGAGAUCUACAUCGAGCGCAAGAUCCACCACGAAGGCUGGGGAGCCGCGAAGAGCGCCAAGGAGCGAUGCGUGCUGCCGCAGAAAGAUGUCUUCGAGUUCAUGAAGGGAAGGUUCGACAUCGAGGCGUACUUCUCGAAGCUAGCGGCCAACGGCACCAAGGAGAAGACCAUCAAGGGCAUGAAGCCCAUCGCCAUCGAGGUAGAUAGGAUGAUCCAGGAAAAGAAGCUGCAGCCGAUCAUCCGAACCUCCUAUUACCGAUGCGCCUUCCAGCUCGCCACCGACAACAAGGUCCGCGUCUCCUUGGACACGCAGAUGUCACUCUUGAAUGAGUACAUGGCGAACGGGCACCCCAAUGAGCCGUGGUGCCUGGUGGGAUCCGAUACGCUGCAGAGCCACGACGUGUACCGCUUCCCGUACGCCAUCCUGGAGAUCAAGCUGCAGGAUGUCUCGGAGGCGCCGCUGUGGCUCCGGCAGACCCUCAACGAGAUCGGGGCCAUCCAGGUGCACAAGUUCUCCAAGUUCCAGCACGCCAUGGCCUUCCUGCACCCGCAGCGCGUGCCCAUCCUGCCGCAUUGGCACCAGGACUUCGAGGAGUGGCACAAGAAGAAGGAGAAGGAAGAGAAGCCUCGCCGAGGCUCGGGCGCCCUGGUUAGCGCCCUCACAGCCGAAGACUUGACCG